CUCCGCAGCCGAGAUGUCUCAGGAGCGGCCCAAGUUUUACCGCCAGGAGCUCAACAAGACGGUGUGGGAGGUGCCCGAGCGCUACCAAAACCUCUCCCCGGUCGGGUCCGGGGCCUACGGCUCCGUCUGUUCUGCCUUUGACACAAAAACUGGGUUGCGAGUGGCUGUAAAGAAGCUGUCCCGGCCAUUUCAGUCUAUCAUCCAUGCCAAAAGGACCUACCGAGAACUACGGCUACUGAAGCAUAUGAAGCACGAAAACGUGAUCGGCUUGCUGGAUGUGUUCACCCCUGCCAAAUCGCUAGAAGAAUUCAAUGAUGUGUACUUGGUGACACACCUCAUGGGAGCAGAUCUAAACAACAUUGUGAAAUGCCAGAAACUCACAGAUGACCACGUGCAGUUCCUUAUAUAUCAGAUUCUUCGGGGGCUGAAGUACAUCCAUUCAGCUGACAUAAUACACAGAGAUUUAAAACCUAGUAACUUAGCUGUAAAUGAAGACUGUGAGCUGAAGAUCCUGGAUUUUGGCUUGGCUCGACACACAGAUGAUGAGAUGACUGGGUAUGUGGCUACCCGGUGGUACAGGGCUCCUGAGAUCAUGUUGAACUGGAUGCAUUACAACCAGACAGGUAAUGCAUUUUACUAAUAAAAGGCUUCUGGG